CAGUGUUUGCAGUUGUUGGCCCGUCCAGUAGGCGUAAUUUGUGGGUGGGAGUACGGGGAAGACACGGCACGAUCGUCGCGCUGUGCACGUAACACACGGGUAUUCGCUGAGGAAAGGGAGAGCAGUAGUCUGCAUAUCCGAGUUUUGAGUGCUUCUGUCCGAUGAGCCAGACUGAGAUUGAGUCGGCUCUUCGGGUAAUCACCGUUUGAUGGGGAUCCUAAGGAUUAUGAUGCCGCCCAAGUUUCAGCUCCUGGCGCUGCUGGCGUUUGCUGUGGCGAUGCUCUUCCUAGAGAAUCAGAUCCAGAAGCUGGAGGAGUCCCGGGGAAAACUAGAGCUGGCCAUCGCCCGGCACGAGGUGCGGGAGGUGGAGCAGCGGCACACCAUGGACGGCAGCCGCGAGCAGGCGCUGGCCGAGAACGACGACGUGGUCAUCAUCUACAACCGCGUGCCCAAGACCGCCAGCACCUCCUUCACCAACAUCGCCUACGACCUGUGCGGCAAGAACAAGUACCACGUCCUGCACAUCAACACCACCAAGAACAACCCCGUGAUGUCACUGCAGGACCAGGUGCGGUUCGUGAGGAACGUCACCUCCUGGAGGGAAAUGAAGCCGGCUUUCUAUCACGGACACGUGGCCUUCCUGGACUUCUCAAAGUUCGGAGUGAAGAGGAAGCCCAUCUACAUCAACGUCAUCAGAGACCCCAUCGAGCGACUGGUGUCCUACUACUACUUCCUGCGCUUCGGAGACGACUACAGGCCGGGCCUCCGGCGCAGGAAGCAGGGGGAUAAGAAGACCUUUGACGAGUGCGUGUCAGCCGGAGGCUCAGACUGUGCUGCGGAAAAGCUCUGGCUCCAGAUUCCCUUCUUCUGUGGUCACUAUUCAGAGUGCUGGAACACGGGCAGCCGGUGGGCCCUGGAACAGGCCAAGUACAACCUGGUGAACGAGUACCUGCUGGUGGGCGUGACGGAGGAGCUGGAGGACUUCGUGAUGAUGCUGGAGGCGGCCCUGCCUCGCUAUUUUCGGGGGGCCACUGAGCUCUACCGCACAGGGAAGAAGUCUCACCUGCGGAAGACGAGCGAGAAGAAGCCGCCCACCAAGGAGUCCAUCGCCAAGCUGCAGCAGUCGGACAUCUGGAAGAUGGAGAACGAGUUCUACGAGUUCGCGCUGGAGCAGUUCCAGUUCGUGCGCGCGCACGCCGUCCGGGAAAAGGACGGGGAGCUCUACCUGCUGGCCCAGAACUUCUUCUACGAGAAGAUCUACCCCAAAAUGAACUAGGAGGAGCCGAGCGGAAGGGCCUCACGUUGUCGUCACACACACUGGGGAAAGGAGGAAGUAAACACAUUUGUAAAGAACAGGGCGGGGCUGGAUAUAUGCUACGCAGCUCUCGUCUGUAUGGGUCUUCUUCAGGCGCUACUUGGCUACUUGGGUCUACUUGGCUUGACUAGCAAGCCGUCGACCGGGGGAGGCUGCAGACGCUUGCGUUUAUGAACGAGGGGCAGCCGAGCCUUCGUCCAGAGGCCCGGGCCACGCCACCGACGUCUUCGACCCUCGUCACGACCCCCUUUCUUUCACUGCCGGGUGAAAGGUCACGGAAUUCGGGACACUGUAGCAGGGGCGGGGAGAAAAAGUCACUGCCGUAUACCCAGUGAGCCAUUUCAGAGGUGUAAAUUUCACUAGUACGGUAAAUCCGCCCUCUUUUCACGCUGUCAAAAGUUCUGUCCAACCGGAGGUCGUUUUUAAAAUGAACUUUCUUUUAUCUUUUGGUUUGUUCAUUUCUUCUAAACAUGGUCAUCAUGAUAUAAAAAAAAUUGACACCCAUGUUUUAAACGUGACAAAAGGCAUUAUCGAGUGUUUUAAUAAGUCCCCGUGACCCCAAGAGAUGACUACUAUCUUACAACGCUGUGGAAAAGACGUACUUGUAUUCUCAUCGGUGGCAAAAACACAUGAAAUUACAGACCCGGUCACCUCGGUGGCCGAUCCGGUACCGAUGCGGUACCGAUCCGUUAGCAACAGAGCAACGGUGUGCCUGUGCCUGGGUGCACAAGACAUCCAUUUUAAGAGUUUUGUGGUAUUGUACAUUCAUGGGUUUUUUUUGAUUUUCUGCAUCUUGUACACUUUUACCUGUAGGAGUAUUUUUGCUAGGGUGCUUUGUAAUGUGUUUACAAGCAUUGUAAUUAAGGAGAUGGAAAACGGCUGUACAUACUGCAUAUUUUAUGUAUUUGGACCAAAAGGUUAUUAAAAAAAGAAAAACGUUG